AGCUGCGUUGCGGUUGCCGGUUUGUCGUCUAGUCGUUUAGAGAGAGAGCCAAGACAACACUGCGAGAGUCUCUCCACCAGGCUUUUAUGUUUAUGGUUGUUCUUUUUGGUGUUGUCGCUGCCGUUGUCGCAAUCGCAGCCGUUUUUAGACCCGCGUCACAUUCGUAGUCAGUUUUGGGUUUUGAUUGUUGUUGGUUCGGUUGGGAUUUGUGACUCGGCGAGUGUGCGUGCAUUGCCUUAAAAACGCGAACGGCGAUCGCUUCACAUAUUUGUUUACUUAAUUAUCGAUCUGCCUGGCCUGUGACGUCAGGUAGAAGAUCGAACAGAGGAAAUCUUCCAUUCCAAGACAUGGAUUUGCUUUGGAUCAUUCCUCUGGCUUUUUGGCUCUUCGCUGGCGUUCGAUCUCUGGAGACGGCCAGCAUUGAUCAUCCCUGUGCCUAUGAGGAUACGGUUAACAUUACGGAUGGUCUCCGCUUGAAGGACGGAUCCUAUUCAUAUGGUGGAGUAUUGGUUCCGCCGCAACUAAUGGCGGAGUACUCCUUCAAGGUGAUCGAUGGCGUGGAGUACCGAGCCAAGAAGCAUCUGCGCGGCUGCGUCUGCCUGCUGAAGCCCUGCAUUAGCUUCUGUUGUCCGGAGAAUCUAGUAUUCGACUCGAAACACUGGAACUGCUCGAGGCCACACCAAGUACGGGAGUCCACGCACGUGGAGCUGACCUACGCCAAUCGAUCGGUGGAACAAGUGCGCAUUCUCGAUCGUUUUGUGGUACGCACGGAGCUCGGUUGUCGGAACAAGUUCGUGGACAAGAAGCACGAGAGCUUCUGGCAAUGGGAUCUCUUCGAGAACGGAUCGCUGCAGCGGGACAAUCGCCUGUGGACCACGGAUGAAUACUGCUUUAGCCCCCUGGAGCACAAGCCGGAGCAAUGGGAGCUCACUCCGCUCAGUUGCGAGCGCUUUCAAACGGGCUACCGCGUCUGGAUCUACGCUAUUUGCAGUAUUAUAGCCAUCAUUAUUAACAUCUUUAUACUCUCGCUGCUUGGUUCUGUGAGAGAUGCCAGGAAAAGUCACUAUGGCCAGCUGAUCAUCUACUACCUGCUCUCCAUGAUCGUGGGCUACUCCUUGUUGGUUUACUUGGCCUUGAAGAAUCCCAUGAAGCUUUCGCACUCGGCUUGCAGGAAUAUAGGAUUUUUGGCCUACUUUUGCAUCAUGCUGUCCUUCGUCUUCCUGGCCAUCUGCAGUCUGGACUUCCUGCUGAAAUUCAAACAAAAGGCUGUCAGAAACUGGGUGCGUCGGUUAUCUUACGCUUUGGCAGUCCUGGCGGUUAUUGGCUUAAGGUUUUUAGUGUCCUUCGCCCAGGACUCCAAGUUGCCCAAGCACUACAAGCCAGGCAUGGGAGAAGAUUAUUGCUGGUUCGAUGUCCGCACCUGGGGCAUUUUAAUCUACUACUACGGCCCCAUUACACUCUUGCUGAUUUUCAGCAUUGUUUGCUGCCUGAAGGCCUACUUUUCCAUCUACGAACUGCCACCAGAUACUCAGUACAUAUUGGGCACACAACUGAAAAUCGUCAAGACCCAUUUCUACGCUUUCAGUGCCUACAUAGUGGGCGUUUUUGCCGUUUGGGUUCGGGAAAUAGUCGUCUAUAUUAUGGCUAGAGUGAGAGAGCAUUUCUUCAUCAUUGACUUCUGGAGUGGAAUUUGCAUCCUGGGCCUGGCGAUAGCUGGAUUUAUUCUGCUUCUUGGCAAGAAUUUGCACGUGAAAUCUUGGUGGGCAAUCAAUGUGGAAUCAAGUCAAACUGAUCUGAGUGUCAUUAAUGCCCGCGUCUACAAGUUCGAUGAGAAAGGCGAUUUGAAAUCUUCAGAUUCUCCCUAUAAGCCGACAGUGACAUCACUUUAAAUGGAACUGAGAUGAUUGCUCAUCUAUGAACUCUGGUAUUUGCUUUGCUGAUGAAUCAUUUAGUCUGUCGCAAAGAGAUAAGUGUAUAUAAAAUAAGUGCCUCAGUAUACUAGCUAUAAGAAAAUUGUGGAAUAAACUCACGAUGA